AUCUUAUAUCCCCUUCUCGUUUUUCCUUCUCCUCUUCCUGGAAUUGUUUCAAACUCAUCCAUCGGCUGCCUCUGCAGCAAUCGUUAUGGCCUCUACAGUGGGGUUCCAGUCCCAGAUCGAGGACCAGUUGCACCCAUUGCUCAAGAAUGAUUCUGCGUCUGGCUCUGAAUCCGAUGCAGCUCACCCCCUAAACCACAACCAGAAAACAACGCGCAGCCUAUUCUCAACGACCGCUCGAUCCGGAGCUUACCUACCAAUAUGCUUUCUCCCACUGGCAAUCACAGCCGGCUAUAUGCAAUGGAACCCGGUGCUCGUCUUCGUCUACAAUUUCUUCGCCAUUGUGGCGCUGUCAGCCCUGAUAUCCGACUCCUCCGACCAGUUGUCCAACCAUGCGGGUGAUCUGGGAGGGGCAGUGAUCGACACCGUGCCUCGAAAAGCAGUGAUACUAAGCCUUGGAGCCUGGGCGGUCGCAAGCCGCGAGAUCUACGUAGCGCAGAGCAUGGUGAUAGGGGGCAUCCUCAGCGACAUCCUGCUAAUCUUCGGCUCCAGCCUCAUCGCCGCCUCGCGCAAAACCAACAUCCUCUACUUUCCCAAACCGCUAACGAGCGCCCUCUCGCCGCUCAUGCUCGUCACCGCAACAGUGCUCAUCCUCCCAUCGGUGCUAAACGUGACCUUCCCCUACGAGCUGGGCGACCGGACCGUGAGCUUCUCGCGCGGCACAUCCAUAAUAUUGCUCUGCGUGUACGCCGGCUACCUGUACUUUCAGCUGGGAACGCACCGCCACCUCUUCCGCCGGGAGCAAGCAGACGCCCACUGCACAGCCGCGAGCAGCCCAAUCCCCGCCCUGCUCACCCUGUUCCUCUCCACCCUCGCCACAAUCCCCUGCACGAGAUACCUAGCCGAUACCCUAGUAAUAACAGCCGCAAGAACCGGUCUCUCAAAGACCUUCCUCGCCGCAACGCUUGUGCCACUCGCCUGCACGGCCGCAAGCGGGAUGACGCUGGCCCGCGCCUGCGCCCGGAGCGAGGACGUCGACGCAGCGAUCCGCGCGUCUGUACAGCAUGUCGUGCAUGUCGGGUUGUUCGCGAUGCCGGUGCUUGUGGUGCUCGGGUGGGUGCUGGGGAAGCCGAUGACGUUGGUGUUUGAUGAGUUCGAGACCGCGGUGCUGUUCUUUGCGGUGUUCUUGGUUAAUGGGCUGCUGCAUGGGGGGAAGUAUUCGGUUGUGCAUGGGUUGGCUUUGGUUGCUUUGUAUGCUAUCCUUACGCUUGCGUUUUGUGUGCGUUGAGUGGGUUAUUGGGUUUGGAAUGGCGGGGGGCAUUACUAGGGGGUUUUUAGGUCUGCGAUGGGGUUGUGUGGUGAAUAUUGGUAUGAGUUUGUUAUGCUGGUUGUGACGUUGAAGAAGCUGUCCAGGGGUUGGACUUUGCACUGUACGCGGGCUAUCUGGGAACCACACCCACGGCGUCACCCCUAUUAUUACCAGUCUCCAGACCUCACCCGAAACCUCACGCAAAGCCCCAGAAUAUUAAUCAAUAAGUAAAACACCUCGUAACGAACCGCACAUGACGUGAGUAACCAGCAAAAUCGGC